AUGGGCUUCUGUCUGUCCAAGUGUCUGCCCGACAGCGACAUGGCAGCGGAGCUCGAGGCGGAGCUGGACGAAUCUCGCCACAGCUACGUCCAGCAACCGACCACGGAGCAGUCGACGUUCGGUACGACGUCACUUCUAGCGGCCGAUGAAGUCGUGUGUCUGAAUGUGAUUGGGGAAGGUCCGUCGAGCGUGAUCUACAAAGGCUCGUAUCGCGGCAGUGUCGUGGCUGUCAAGAAGAUGAAGAUGGUGUCGCUGCCGCCCAAGUCGCUGGCGCGAGAGAACGUCGAGAUGGAGCUUGAAGUGGAAGCGACGCGAAUGGGCAGUCUGCGACAUCCUAACACCGUGCUGUUCAUGGGCGCGUGUCUCCAGCACGACCACUUUUGUAUCGUCAGCGAGUACUGUACGCGGGGCUCGCUCUUUAAUGUGCUGCACGCCCCCAAGGCGUCGGCAUCCAGCAGAAGGCACAAGCGGAAAAGCUCUGAGCUAAGCUCGGGAACAGCUUCAACAGCUAGUGGCUCUGGCAGUGUCGGUGACACUGCGAUCAAGAAGGUGAAUCUCAAGUGGAGUCUGCGGAUACGACUCGCUCUGGGAGCAGCGAGAGGACUGCUUUAUCUGCAUAGUGCAGAUCCACCGCUUGUGCAUGGACAGCUCAAGAGCACUAACAUCCUUGUGGACGACUCGUGGAACGCCAAACUUGCAGACUUUGGGACGAGACGAGUGGCCGAAGCAGUCGGCUUUGAUAGGAGUAGAAUGGACAGUAUUGACGAACGUUCAGCGUUAUUGCGAUGGACAGCGCCGGAGCUCUUGAGGCUGGGCGAGGAACGUGUGUUGAAGGGCGCGUUUCCGAGCGACAGCAGCAGUCCUCAGGCCGUGGACAUUUUUAGCUUUGGACUGAUCAUGUGGGAGCUUACAACAGGCGAGUUGCCAUACACAGACAUGCACUCGAAUGCUGAGAUUAGCGAGUAUGUGCUGUCGGGCUGCCGACCAAUUAUGAAGCCCGGUCAGUGCAAUAUGAAGUGGGCGGAGCUUAUGGCUCGAUGCUGGUCACACAACCCGUCCAGGAGACCAAGCGCCGCGGAGAUUGUGUCUUCGCUCGAGAGCAUUAGCAAGGCAGACGCAAUUGCACAAUCAGCCAAGAAGGAGACGCGUGUUGUUAACAGCAAUCGUGCCGACUACCGUUUUGCGGAUAAGCCACGCUCGCGAUCGAGAGGACGAUCCCGAUCAAAGGACAACGUGCGCGUUGCUUCUUGA